AUGGAGGCAAACCAGGAUCAGAGCAACUAUGAACUGCCCCCCGAACUUACACUCAUGAUAAUGCGCGUCAUGGACAAACCUACCCUUGAGAAGAGCACGCUCGUGUGCCGCAACUGGCUCGCGCUUUCGCAGCCAUUCCUCUUCGAGUCGAUCGCGUACGGCUCGCACCCAGCGGACAUCAAUGAGCAGCAGCAGCAGCAGUCGCCUCCGCUAGAGGACCUCCUGGGCUUCUUCAGCGCAUCGCCACACGUCUGCACGUAUGUCUCAAAGCUCACGCUUAAGUUGCGCGAGAGCGAUGCUUUCAGCAGUGAUCCUAGAGCACGCUCCACGCUCCAAACCUUGGCCAUGACCCUGCAAUGUCUGCCUCGCUUGCGCGUGCUGGAGGUUGACAAGUUUCCCCUGGAAUGCCGUCUGACGGGGGCCGAAAUGCAGUUGGGCGGUGACGUGCCCGCUGUUGCGUGCCUCCCCAUGCUCAAGAUCGGCGGGUGGUAUAGAGCGCCGACGGAGGACUGCCCGUCGGGUGUCGCGCGCUUUUUGACUCUGUUCGAAGAGAUAGAACACCUCGUGCUCGGCACGUCGGUCGAGUUCCACAGCGACAAUGUCUCGUCUCUUCUUCCCCCACCGUCCUUCCCGCGCGUGCGUUCCCUCACCCUCGAGAGCACAAACACGCUGCAAAGUCUGGCGUCUUCAAUGCCUGUGACCGGCCUCGAAAGCCUCCAGCUGCCUGUCCUGACCCGCGAGCGCAUCGGGGUGUGCCGCAAAGUCCUCGACGACGUCCGCGCGACCCUACGCCACCUCGAGCUGCAAGUGCACAUCGCCUCGAUCGGUUGGCCGCCCGCUGAGACAGACUAUUCCUACCUCCGCGAGCUCGACCUCGGAGCCUUCCCGCUCCUAGACACCUUCACAGUCGUCCUGCCGGUGUUCGGCGUGUCGGAGGCCCGCCCCGUCGCCGCACAUACCGCGCGUGACGGACUGUACGGCGGCGUACGUUUCUACGAGCCCGCAUAUUCCUUUGUCACAAGCCUAUUCUCCGUGCUCCCGCCGCACAUUCGCACAUUCCGCCUCAAGCUGCACUACUUCUCGCUGGACCCGUACUACAGCCCCUUCCUACGCGAGUGGUGGGACUGGAGGGCGUACCCGAUGCAAGAAGGAUGGGAGAAGAUGUACAACGUACUCGUCGGGCGAGUCAGGCAAGGUCUGCGCCACAUAGAGUUCGGGGAUGCGCUUGGGCAAGGCAUCCCCGAGGCCGAACGGCAGGCCAUCGCGAAGGCGAUGCCUUUGCUAUGGGAGGAAGGCGCCGCUUGUUUCGUGUAA